AUGUUAGCGAUUUGUGACUUUUUUCAGAGUUGUGCAAUGAUGGGUCUGCAGGCGACGGCAGGAAAACGCAAAUUGGAGGGUGGUGUCGGCUGUAUGGAAUUCCACAUGGACUUAGGCGAGAGUCCGUCGAAGCUCGGACGCGUAGAUGGUAGCUGGUGGGCGAUGGACGACAGUUAUGGGCCGCCCCUGAACCAGACAUCAACGUCAUAUUACGAGAUGGAAGUGAGCUCGCCCUGCCUACAGGCAACGAACUCGUGCCAGCCCUCGACGACAAGUUCUUCGCAGUCACAGCAGCAACAGCAGCAACAGCAAUCCCCGCAACACCCAUCGCAACACCAUCCAUCUUCCCAAUCGCCGCAACAGGCACAGCAACAGCAGUCACAACAACAGCAACAGCAGCAACAACAACAAUCGCCGGCGUCAUCCUCGACAUCAGUUUCGUCCACAGUGACACAGUUGCAUCAUCACACGCAACAUUAUUAUCAUCAUCAACGCGCCACCGUUAGUCCUAUCGGCAGCAACGGUUACAGCCAGCUAUCGAGAUCUCAACCACAAUGGGGUGCUCUUCAUCAUUAUGAGCCACCAACGAUACGUCGAGAAGAAAAUGGCAAGAGUUAUCUGGAGCUCGGUUCGAGUUAUCGAGCGAACGAGCGGUGUUGCGAAGGUUCUAAGUCCAGCUGGUGUCGGCGCGGCCGGGCCUGUUACAGGCAGCGGCGACUCGCUGUGCUUAACAUUUCAAUGUGCAAACUCGCCAGGUACCGCCAAUUCCCGGAUCCGAGCCUUCACCGAUCGGUACUGAUCUGCAAUACUUUGAGACACUUAGAACGUGAGAUGGAAAGGGACAGGAGUCCACCACCUAUGGAGCCAGUCGUACCGGCGCCAAUCGCUCAAUUGCAACCGCCCGAACAGGGUAGAUUAACACCUUUCCCUGUGCCUCCAACGUCGUCGGGUGAGACCGACGUCGAUUCUGGCAUCGGUGACAGCGACGACAGCCGAUCGAUCAAUUGGGGUAGUGUACUAUCUUUAUCGAGUCAGUCGCCGCUCGACCCGCUCAACAACAACGAAUUACUAGAUGUGGAUAUUGGGCCUGAUCUUGACCUGGAUUUUAUGCCCGGAUGGAAGCUGACGCCUCUUUCAGCGGAUGACAUUCUGAGAAGUACAACGACGACCCAGGAACAGCAUCAUCACCACCACCACCACCAUCAUCAUCAUCAUCAACAUCAUCAUCACCAGCAGCAGCAGCAGCAGCAGCAACAACAACAACAACAACAACAACAACAACAACAACAACAGCAACAGCAACACCUGAUGUCGUCGGGGAAUAGUUGCGGCAGCAGCUGCGGUAAUAGCAAUGUUAUUGGAAGCGCCGGCGUCAGCAACGUUGGUAGCAGCAGUAGUACGCACGAAUCGUUGAUGUGUGUAGGAUCAUAGCCCUCGACUUUGACGUCGUUGAGUCAUCUCAUCGAUUUCUAUCCGCUAACGCCGCAGGGCAAAUAAGUCCGCGAUAACCAACGCAGCUCGCGAUCCGCAAUUCGUGGAUUCUGAAAAGGCGCGCGGGCGAGAGGCGAUGGUGAAUAUGAAUCUCUCGCCCACCCUCUGGAGCGCUCGACGUCCGGCCGGCGACUCUCGAGGAGCCGCCUUCACUUUCUGUUUCGCGUUAAUUUAUUGUCGCGUCAAUUACACGUGUACACACUAAUACAAAUGGACAUGAACACCGAUACAAGACCUUCUGUGACACUUUUGUUCUUCCUCCGCUCUUUUUACCACCGCUCCUAUUCCAUCAUUAUCGGCUAUCAUUAUCGACUCUACCGUUACCAUUACUUCUACUACCAUCCCUCCCGAAACUAUUUACCUCCCCCCCCUCCCACUAUCGUUAUUGUUACUCCUAUUACUAUCGCUACUAUUGCUAGUAAUAUAUUACUACUCUUACUCUAAUACUAUUACUACUAUUACUAUUAUUACUAUUAUUAUUAUCACUAAUCAACGUGUCUCCCAACGUUCUGCUCCCCGAGGGACGGACGCGUCAUGACACGCGGCAUCCGCAGGUGCAGACAAAAUAGAGCGCUCUGAGGGCUUAACGAACGAGUUAAGAACGGGGAGAGAAGAAGAGAAGAUAAGGGAAAGAAAGCCUUUACUGUCCGCGUGUCGACAGGUGCUGCUAUUCGCGAUGAUCUAGUGUCCUGACAAAUAUUCGGACGAUAACUUUCGUUUAUUAAGCUACCGCGUACAUGAGACCCGCAUGUAUCAUCUCCGCCAUGGAAUUUCGAAACCAGGUGCAAGCGUAAUUUACACACACUUCGAGAUAAUGUAUCUCAAGAUUUGAGAGAAACUAUCGAUAAUGAUCAAUUCUUCAAUAGUAUGUAAUAAUGAUUCGAUAAAUGUGAUCCUAGGAAGAUUGAGACAAUGUUUCUGCACUUGCAUUUGCAAAUUCGAGAAUCCACGUGCGAAUCCUCCGAAAGUGAUUAAGGUGUACAAGAAAAUGUACAGAGAGAUUCGAGAGAA